UCCGUUAAAUUAAUUGGCAUUAUCUGUGCACAAGAAAUUCUCUUCAGUCGUGUUUUGCUCAUUUAACAUUGUUGCAACCAAAAUGUUGGUUUCUUUUUCUCACCUCAAAUUGUAACGUAACAUUUGAAAGAAUAACAACUUUUGUUUAAGUUCUAGAAACUUUGGAGCGUUUAAUCAUUUCCUUGAAUAUUUCAGCAAGUGUUUGGGGCAUUAAGAGAAAUGGCAAGCGUUGCUAAGACUUUACUCAGGUCCAUACUGAAAAUGCUCAAUUCAGUAAUGGCAAUAGUUGGGAUUGCAAUGAUUCUUUAUGGUCUUUGGAUGGUAAGAGUUUGGCAAAGAGACAUGGAAGAGUCAUCAUCCUCUGACACUUAUGAUUCGUCUGCUCUAUGGUUCAUAUACACUUUUCUUAGCAUUGGCAUUGCCUUAUGCCUCAUAACAUGCUUAGGCCAUAUUUCUGCUGAUAGCUCAAACGGUUUCUGCCUUUCUUGUUAUACAGUGAUUAUCUCCAUGAUUCUCUUAGUGGAAUUAGCAGUUGGAGCUGAUAUACUUCUAAAUUCUGACUGGGAAAAGGAUUUACCUGAGGAUCCAACAGGAAGGUUCCAUGAUUUUAAAGAAUUUGUGAAGUCUAAUUUUGAUGUCUUCAAAUGGAUAGGCUUGUUGAUAGUCUUAGCUCAGGGAUCUUCUAUUUUACUGGCAAUGGCUUUGAGAGCUACUGGACUAAAUUAUGAACCCAACUAUGAUAGUGAUGACGAAUACCCACCGGGGAGGCUUCCACUUAUCAACCACCAUUUACAGCCAUCUCCAUACGGUGUCGGAGAUCCAGGUCUCGCUUCCAAGAAUGAUGCAUGGAAAACAGACAAGUGAAGAGAAUAGCACCGAAUUAUCAAGAUAAAAAUGGGAGAGCAGCACAGUAUUGUUGAAGCAGACAUUUCAGGUCAGAGAGACAUCGAGAUGGAAGUAAAUGGCAACUGCAGAAUCUCGUGGAAGUAGAUAGAAUACUUGUAAUUCAUGGUGUGCGCCAUUGCUCUAAGACGACAAACCAGAACACUUUUUCUCCUCCCAUUGUCAUUUAGAUUAAGCCUGAAAGCAAUUAAUAUUAGUCUUUUAAUACGAAAUGUCAAGUCA